AUGUACUUCUAUACGCGAAUCUCCGGUCUACCAUGGAAUCAGAUAGAGGCAAUUACUGAUAUCUUCACCUACCCUUGUCCGGGUUCCAGUCGAAGGAGAGCGUACAGCACAGCCAGCCCACACGGAACCGUCAAUUACGACAAGGUCAGCUUGGAAAUUUGGGACUCACCUUCACGAUGUAUCUUUUACAUGGAGAUGGCCGAACAAGCAGCAAGGCAGCAAGGCACUCAGGCACCAACCCACAUCCACACCUCGAAUUCCGCUCUUUUGAUCUCCCCAAAAAUGGCAUCGUACCUUCCGAUCGAGAUUGUCUCGCAAAUCGCCUCGUAUCUCGCAAAGGAGUGCGGCGAGGAGCGGUCCACACCUUGGUUCUAUUAUGGCCAGAUUCCCAGAUUAACACCAUGCUCGACAGUGUCUUCCACGUGGCAGGCGGCCUGUGAGCCAUUCAUCUAUCGUACUCUGCUCGUGUACAGCGAGGAUCUGGGCUAUAAAGGCCAUCUGACAUGGCAUGGGCUGGAUCAGUUGACAUCUGGUGCUCCUUAUAGACGGCGGCGUAGAGCAUGGAUACGCCACAUCCUGUACCAAGCUGUCGUGCCGUGGGAUAACUUUGGAGAAUCCAGAUACUUCAAACUUGAAGGAUACACGUACGAUAAUCCCUUACGACGCGGCAACGAUGAGGUCUUCCAUCUUGCUGUUGCCAAUUUCUUUGACGUCCUCGCCUCAUGGGGACGCGACCUCGAGCCCCGGGUGUGUGUCACUCUUCUUGACCCCAAGGGGGUGCGAUGUCUGCCCGAACCGUUGACUUUUGAUGACCCAGAUGGCGUAGUACACCCCCGUCCUAUACACUUUGACCCGCCAAACGAUGCGGUCGUGAUCCCCCAGUCCCUUGGCUUUCCACCUGGGUCAAGUCUUGCUCAAGUGCCCUGUAUCAACACUGUCCACUUCGAAGGAACCGUCAAGAGAUUAAAGUAUUCAUUCUUUUCCAGCAAAGUAGCCUCGGAGAUUCUUGCGUCCUGCCCUUAUGUCAAACAUUCCACUUUACGUCUGGUUUAUCCUGUUCCAAAUGAUUCACCGGUUCUUUUGUGUGAGCAACGCGAGGCCAACUCUAAUCUUGUUGCCCAAAUGCCAUCGACAUUGGAAACACUCAAUAUAGAAUGUGGCUCUUCAAUGUCGCCUUUCAAUGCACCCAAUCUAUUGCCUCCAUCCGGCAUCGAUUCACUACUCCCCAACCUACGCAUGCUCUCUAUGCGACUUCGAGAGCUUCGCCUCAAGAACUCCCGCGUCAGCAGUGAGCUAUUCUGGCCAUCGCAGCAAUCAAAAGCUCCUUACUGGCCGAGGUUAGAAAUCUUCAUACUGGAAACAAUGCCUCUCCUUCCAUCCGGUGAUCGCCUUAUCAGCGUUGCUUACUAUGCCGAAAACCCCACUCUCGAUGAAUUCAAUCACGACGCCUUGUCGCGUAUAUAUAUUGCUCUCGGUCGCGCUGUUCACCAAAUGCCCCGGCUCCAACGCCUCAUGCUGAAGAUGACCGAUUCGUCGACCCACUAUCUCAAUUUGAAUGUGAAAAAGGUUGACGGUGUGGAUUACAUCAGGGUCGAAUGGUCCAGUUCACACGGGUAUCGUCCUGACUAUAGCAUCUACUCGGUCUGGGGCAUACCUGUUGACGAAUUGCAUGUGUCGGAAGUUCCUGGUAGUAUUUAUAAACUCCAUACGAUUUGCCGUGGUUAUGCUCCUGUUCCGAGAGUGACGCGGUAA